UUCCCCUCCGCGGCGUGCUUGUCGGCCAGGCCGGAGAAGACGGGCGCGAUGGCGCGGCAGGGCGGGCACCAGUCUGCGUAAAAGUCGACGACGACGUUAGUGGUUGAGGCGAGGAGGGCGUCUAGCUCGCCGGCGCUGGCGACUUUGUAGACUUUGCCUGAUGUCUCGGGGAUGGGUGAGCGGUCUGCGAAGAGUGUCUAAAGGGGUUGUGAUUGGUUAGCAGCGUUGAAGUCAUGUCCGAAGAUGAGCGUCACCAACGACCUCUCACGCAGAGGAGAGACAGGCGCCAUUCCGGGAGUCAGGGACUGGAUGUGGGGUACGUACUCUUGCGAUCAUGAAAACGGCAAAAGCCAGGAACAUCCACGAGAGCGUAUCCAUCUUGUCACUCGAUGCAAAGGACUUUUAUGGAUGAGAGCAACUGUUGCUUGAGCUUUUGCAUAGAUGUCGAACGAUGUUGGGAAGCUCAAGGAGAAGACUCAAUUGAUUCGACCUUGAGCUGUGGGAGUCGCCCGGGCUUUACCCGGCGGGGCUUUGUCAGCUGUGACCCUCGGAGUGCGUCCAACGUCAGGCAGUACCGUAUUGGCGGCUUGCUAGGUACCCUAGAACUGCCAGGUGCCCUGGAGCAGAAAAAACUAAAACUAUUUAAAGCAUGGUCAAAAUCCACGAUGGACUGCACAACCUCAACUCCAAGAAAAGUAUUGGCUCUGAGCUGGUGCAGCCAACAUUACAAGACCUCUAGCUGGCUUUUUCUUCUUUUUCAGUCACUCUCAAUUCUCGCUCAAAAAGGGAGCUUGAUAACAGAAAAAUCGCUGCAAUUUUCAAAACAGACGUCGUCUAUGAGCCCUUGGUCUGUUGCUCUCAAGCACGGAAUCCUCGCGUGCCAAUGCGCGCCCUCCAAGUAUCACUGGCUUCGCAGCCCAUCCUUGCACCCGCUUGACCAUGGCCGUGAAUAUGUACAAUAGUCGCACCUCCUUGAAAUUCCGGCACAAACCCUCGGCGCAU